AUGGAUCUCUCCAACCUCCUCUCCCACACGGCAGUUAAGCCAAUGUAUACUCCUCUCGAGUCCAGCUACUAUAAGCGCUCGCCGCCUCUGUCGCCGCCAGCCGAAGAGCCUAAGGUCUCAUUGCCUUCGAUCUCAUCUCUCUUUGAGGGUGCCGAUGGUGCCCAACAGGCAGCUAAGCGCCAACGUCUUUCACCAUCUCUCGGUGAACGCCACUAUGAGCUUCCCCCAACACCACCCAUGCGCCCCGGCUCCGGCCACAGCCACCGCCGUGCAUCUCCCGUGGAGUCACUCUCCCACAAGGAAGCGCACCACCUACACCGUUCCUCAAUCUCUAGCAACAGCUCAAUCCACAUCCCCCGCAACACAGCACCCUACGCCUCGCCCGCACCAAGCGUCUCAUCCUACACAUCUCCAAUCGACGCUCCCCAACAGCCAAUGUACUACCCUCGCCCACCAACCACAUCCUCCUUCCAGCCUUCGACCCCAGCAUCAGCUCCCCAGAUGCCCUCAGUCCAGGUCCAGACGCAGCAGCACUCACACUCGGCUUCCGCUCUCAUCUCCCCCGUCACCCCGGCCUGGCAACACCACCACUACUUCCCGCCCUCCACCUCAGCCCCGUACCAGCAGAACCACGACCGGUAUAUCUGCCGUACCUGCCACAAGGCUUUCUCGCGCCCUUCCUCCCUGCGCAUCCACUCUCACUCGCACACUGGCGAGAAGCCCUUCCGCUGUACCCAUGCCGGUUGCGGUAAGGCUUUCUCCGUGCGCAGCAAUAUGAAGCGCCAUGAGCGUGGUUGCCACUCUGGUCGCCCCGGUCCUGCUACUGUUGCCACCGCGCUUGUUGUAUAA